AUGAUCUCAUUAUCCUCCCUCCCUCUGGUGACACCCUUGGCGCGAUGGAUGUGGACGCUGGAUGCCGAGGACUCCACAACAACAACAGCAGCAGCAGAAGACUUGUAUGUGACGUGUCUCCAUCAAGUCGAAACGUUGGCAGUGUACGAUUUUGCCACCAAAGGAUGUCUGAGUGUGGCAGCGUCGCGCAUCCUGGGGAUUGGGAUCAUUGUGGCCGCUUGCUUCAACAAGGCUCCCACGCUCAUGAAUAUGCUCGAAGCACAAUCCGCCGAAGGAUUCUCUCCCAUGAGUCUCUACACGGAAGUCUUUUACUACAUCAAUUCCAGUAUUUACAGUGUACAAUUGGGGUAUCCGUUCACGGCGUACGGUGAAAACCUGGUAUUACUGAUCCAAACCAUGGUCCAAGUGGUUCUCAUGUGGAAGUUUUCCAAAACCAGUCCCCGCGAACAAGCCAUUGCCACCCUGCUGGGCGUUGUCUAUUCGGCCGCCUGUUGCUUUUUGCCGCAGGGAUACCGGUAUCUUUUGCACGCCAUGAACGACGUCAUUAUCAUUUACUCGGGAGGAUUGCAAGUCAUGGAAACGUACCGGGUCAAACACACGGGGGCGCAAUCCAUUGUCACGACCAGUAUGAACUUGGCGGGAGAAUUGCUCCGGAUUUUUACCACGUUUGAAGAAGCCCAGGGAGAUUGGAACAUGAUACUCAAUUUUGCAUUUUGUGCCAGUAUCAGUGUCAUGAUGUUUAGUCAGUACUGGUGGUAUCAAGCCAAUACCGACAAAUUUUACAAGCAACAACAACCGCAACGUCAAGCAGCACUCAAGACGCCGUCGGACGAACAGAGUAAUAAUGGACACGCAUCGAUCCACAUUAUGAAUUCUGCAAGUAAUGGAAGUCACGACAAUAUGCAACCUCCGGAGAGCCUCAAAGAUCUCAAGUCAGAAGCCCCACCCAAGGUGCUGGAGGACAGGUUCAGUAGAUCACCGCUCAAGAUUGACGACAAAUUUGAGUAG